ACCGGCCAUUUCCUUCUCCGGAUGUAGUUAUGUUUAUACCAGGAAGCCAGAAAAGUCUUGUGUCUCUGAAAACACCACUACGUUGGCAACACUGCAGUAGCUUGAGAAGCUAACCUGCGGCUAGCUUUCUGUCCGUCCGUCUUCUUCUCUUGCGGUUUGUGGCAGAGAAAAACGUCAAAGGCGUAACACUGCCCUCCUCAGGCCAUUUGUAGAUAUCGCCUUUAGCUUCUCGUCUCAUCCUGUGACGUAAAUUUAAAUGGACAGCUGUUCCUCCGUCACUUUUCAUGUGUUUGCUGAAGUUAAACUAACCGGUUCCAAACACACUGUCCAUGUGUUUGGCAAAGUUAAACUAACCGGUUUAAAACACACCGUUUAUGUGUUUUUUUGAUGACUCGUCAUAUAACCGCAGUCCUACUCGUAAAACUAGUUUUUAGUGUAUACUUUUGUUUGGUUUUUGUCUCAACGCCAGUGAAAUGCUCGCAUUCUAGUCCGAAGUCAAUAUGGAGAAGAAAGAACAGCUUAUAGCCAAUUUAAAGCUGUUUGACAGCGGAAUCAGUGCGUCGUAUCUGCCGGACCUGCCCAAAGCCUCGGUGUUGAUUCCACUGUUGGUGAAGAAUGGAGAGGUGUGCACAUUGAUGACCCUGCGUUCACUGGAGAUGAGGACCCAUGCUGGAGAUGUGUGUUUCCCUGGAGGAAGGAGAGACCCCAGUGACAGAGAUGAAGUCGACACAGCUCUGAGAGAAGCAGAGGAGGAGAUAGGUCUACCACCUGAUGGUGUUCAGGUGGUCUGUAAACUGUUGCCGAUCAUUAAUAAGCGCGGUCUGCUGGUGACUCCAGUGGUUGGAUUCAUAGAGGAGUCGUUCUGUCCGCGUCCAAACCCAGCUGAGGUCAGUGCCGUGUUCACAGUCCCACUGGACUUCUUCACCACAAAGCAGGACCACUCUGAUGUCCACACUCCUCUUUGGCCACAGAGCUGGUUUUAUUCAUUUAAUUUUGCGGACCCCGCUUCAGGACGCGAAUAUUUCAUAUACGGUAUUACGGCUGUGUUUGCUGUGAUGGUGGCAUGCCUCGGUCUCAGGAAGAACACAGAGUUUGCUGAGGGUUUUGACGUCGAGGAUCUGUUUUCUUUCUUUCAAUGUGUUCUAAAGAGGGGAAUUAGUAAACUGUGACCGGGGUCCCAUUGCAGAAAGAAGCUUCAACAAUUCCAAACUCUUGGUUGAUUUACUGUCGGAGGGGAAACAGUUUCUGAUUCCAGAGCAGCAGAUUUGAGUUGUUUCACUUUGAGUUAAGCACAUGUACAACCUCCGGGUCUGUGCAUCGGCAUUAAUUUGGAGAUAAAAUACAUAUCCUGAAUACAGAGGUGACAAUAUGAUAUUGUGAUAUGUUGGUAAAUAUGAGCAAAGCAAUCCCACUCUUAAAAAUAGGCUUGAAUACAA